GCUGGAGGGGCUGGAGCAUCAACGCGAGUAGCUGCGAGCAGCCGCGGCAGCGGCUGCGCGUAGUUGCAGUUGCGCCAUCUGUCAGGAGCGGAGCCGGCGGGGAGGGGGCUGCCGCGGGAGAGGAGGAGGGGUCGCCGCGAGCCGAAGGCCGUCGAGACCCGACCGCCGACCGGCCGCGGGAGCUGAGGAGAGGCUGCACUCGGAGCCGCGCGUCCACCGCCGUCCGAGCGCGCGGCGCUUCAAGCCGAGCACCGAGGGCUCCCCGGGCUCACACAAAGCCGCCGCCCGCGCCUGGGAGGGAUCCGGCCGCCGGGCCGGGGACACCCGGCGCCGCCCCCUGGGCACUCUCAGAAGGCCCACCGGCUCCCGGGCCCGCAGAGGAACCACCGGAGCCGCUUCGGCCGCGCCGGAGGAGGGCGGGGAGAGGACCAUGUGAAUGGGCUCCGGAGCCUGAGCGCAGCGCAGUUUUUUGAAGAAGCAGGAUGCUGAUCUAGACGUGGAAAAAGACCAGUCCAGCAGCUGUAUUAGAAGACAUGUGGUAUAUAUAAAGUUUGUGAUCGUUGGGGGAAAUUUUGGAAUUUAGAUAAUGGGCUGUGUGCAAUGUAAGGAUAAAGAAGCAACAAAACUGACGGAGGAGAGGGAUGGCAGCCUGAACCAGAGCUCGGGGUACCGCUAUGGCACAGACCCCACUCCUCAGCACUACCCCAGCUUCGGCGUGACCUCCAUCCCAAACUACAACAACUUCCACGCAGCUGGGGGCCAAGGACUCACCGUCUUUGGGGGUGUGAACUCUUCGUCUCAUACUGGGACCUUGCGUACGAGAGGAGGAACAGGAGUGACCCUGUUUGUGGCCCUUUACGAUUAUGAAGCACGGACGGAAGAUGACCUGAGUUUUCACAAAGGAGAAAAAUUUCAAAUAUUGAACAGCUCGGAAGGAGAUUGGUGGGAAGCGCGCUCCUUGACAACUGGAGAGACUGGUUACAUUCCCAGCAAUUAUGUGGCUCCAGUUGACUCCAUCCAGGCAGAAGAGUGGUACUUUGGAAAACUUGGCCGAAAAGAUGCUGAGCGACAGCUUUUGUCCUUUGGAAACCCAAGAGGUACCUUUCUUAUCCGUGAGAGUGAAACCACCAAAGGUGCCUAUUCACUUUCUAUCCGUGACUGGGAUGAUAUGAAAGGAGACCAUGUCAAACAUUAUAAAAUUCGCAAACUUGACAACGGUGGAUACUAUAUUACCACCCGGGCCCAGUUUGAAACACUUCAGCAGCUUGUACAACAUUACUCAGAGAGAGCCGCAGGCCUCUGCUGCCGCCUAGUAGUUCCCUGUCACAAAGGGAUGCCAAGGCUUACCGAUCUAUCUGUCAAAACCAAAGAUGUCUGGGAAAUCCCUCGAGAAUCCCUGCAGUUGAUCAAGAGACUGGGAAAUGGGCAGUUUGGGGAAGUAUGGAUGGGUACCUGGAAUGGAAACACAAAAGUAGCCAUAAAGACUCUUAAACCCGGCACAAUGUCCCCUGAAUCGUUCCUUGAGGAGGCACAGAUCAUGAAGAAGUUGAAGCAUGACAAACUGGUCCAGCUCUAUGCGGUGGUGUCCGAGGAGCCCAUCUACAUUGUCACCGAGUAUAUGAAUAAAGGAAGUUUACUCGAUUUCUUAAAAGAUGGAGAAGGAAGAGCUCUGAAGUUACCAAACCUUGUGGACAUGGCAGCACAGGUUGCUGCGGGAAUGGCGUAUAUCGAGCGCAUGAAUUAUAUCCACAGAGACCUGCGGUCAGCAAACAUUCUCGUGGGGAAUGGACUAAUUUGCAAGAUCGCCGACUUCGGAUUGGCCAGGUUGAUCGAGGACAAUGAGUACACAGCAAGACAAGGUGCAAAGUUCCCCAUUAAGUGGACAGCCCCCGAAGCAGCCCUGUACGGGAGGUUCACGAUCAAGUCUGACGUGUGGUCUUUUGGAAUCUUACUUACAGAGCUGGUCACCAAAGGAAGAGUUCCGUACCCAGGCAUGAACAACCGGGAGGUGCUGGAGCAGGUGGAACGCGGCUACAGGAUGCCCUGCCCGCAGGACUGCCCCAUCUCCCUCCAUGAGCUCAUGAUCCACUGCUGGAAAAAGGACCCCGAAGAGCGGCCCACCUUCGAGUACUUGCAGGGCUUCCUGGAAGACUACUUCACCGCGACAGAGCCCCAGUAUCAGCCUGGUGAAAACCUGUGAGACCUGGGUCUGCCAAGAGAGGCCUGGUCCAAGAGGCUUCCCUGCCCCCUCCCCAUUAGCUUUCAAUUCCGUAGCCAGCUGCUCCGAGCAGAGCAGCGAGAACUGUCCAGGAUCAGAUUGCAUGUGACUCUGAAGCUGACGAACUUCCAUGGCCCUCAUUAAUGACACUUGUCCCCAAAUCCGAACCUCCUCUGUGAAGCAUACGAGACAGAACCUUGUUAUUUCUCAGACUUUGGAAAAUGCGUUGUAUCGAUGUUAUGUAACAGGCCAAACCUCUGUUCAGUGUAAAUAGUUAUUCCAGUGCCAACGAUCCUAGUGCUUUCCUUUUUUUAAAAUGCAAAUCCUAUGUGAUUUUAACUCUGUCUUCACCUGAUUCAACUAAAAAAAAAAGUAUUAUUUUCCAAAAGUGGCCUCUUUGUCUAAAACAAUAAAAUUUUUUUUCAUGUUUUAACAAAAACCAACCAGGACAGGUGUUUGUUUUUUUUCUUUUUUAUAAAUAUGAAUAUAUAUAAUAUAUACAUCCCUGUACAUACACCAUGUGGGUGCUAACGUGGAGACCGUGGCCGACGUGGGCCACAGAGCUUCGGGACCCAGAGUGAGGAUUUAACUGGAAAAUCAACAUAAAAGCACUGGUGUUAUUCUGAAAACCAGUGGCCUCGUUCUUUGGCUUUUGCAAAACAUGAUUUGAUUUUUUUUUUUUUUUUUUAAUUUGGAUUGCACUUUUUUGGUUCAUGACUGUGCCUGUAGAUGGCUGUUACUUUGACUCUUUUCAGCAGCCCCCCGAGCUGAAUUCACAAGUUCUGUUUCCAGUAUUUGCUUCGACUUACUACGAUUUGUUCUUGAAACUUAAAAGUGAGCCUCUUUAAAGCAAGCAAGUGGCCAAUACUACCAGGGGAACUAGAAGAUGGAUACCACACAAACUUCUUGUAUAAAACAUGAAUGCUGAAAUGUUUCCAACUUUUUUAAUUUAAUAAACCUUGUAACCACAUUUAGAUGGUCUGAAACCCAUAGCACUGUAGUCGUGGCAACCUGCUAAACUUUCUCAUUCAACUAACCCUUACGGGAAGGUGAGGGUGGGAGGUCAUACAUUUCCCAUUGUAAAAUAAGUGUUUGAAUGUCCUGUACUGCUAAUGAAAUGACUUUCUCUAUGUCCAAGGGUCCUCCAGUGAAAUAACUAUGCACUACUUUACAUCUCAUGGGAAUGCCCAAAAAAAAAGUAUUACAUUUUUAGUCGCUGUUUGUACCAACCUUGAAUUACGUAUG